CUGGCUCGAGUGAAGAAUUCAUCAACUCCUUGUCUGCAGAACGAACUAUUGUGCUAGACGACUUUCUACGAUUACAACGAUACCACAGACAAUCUGACAACAAAUUAUGUCCUGGUUUCCUUUAUCCGGGAUAAUAACGUAGAGCAUGCGCAAAAGUAAGUCCUCUACCGUUCUCAUUUGGUGAAAUUUCCUAAUUUCGUUGAGCCGUUUUGCAAGUUAGAAUUGUUGUUGGACAUUGGAAAUGCCUGCACGUAAAGUAAUAGACAAACACAAACAACUCUAUGAUGCGGUGGGGAAAGAUGAGGUGGAGACUAAAAGAGGAGCAGACGUUAAUACACGUGAUGGGAUAUGGGAUUGGACUGUUGUGAUGCAAGCUUGUCAUGAUAAUAUCAAGGAGAUGGUUAAGCUGCUACUAAUUGCAUCAGACGUGAAUGAGACUGACUUGGUGCUCUGCAUGGCGGGGAAGGAGAGCCAUUUGAGCAGUUUACGUUUGUCGGUGACAAAGGCAAUCUGCACACAUGAUUUCGUUUGUAGGAUUUUUGUGGGAUAUCGUACAUUUCAAGUUGAUCGUGAUUGGAUAGGAGGAAUGAACUGUUCUAGGUUCAUGUUUUUAUUAUUCUUGUAUUGUCGUCUAUUAGCAGUGUACGUGAAGUUUUCAACACUAGAAUGUGUUCAGUGUAGAGCAGGAGCAUGUCACAAGGUUUAGUAGUUGGGUUGCAUGACUGACUGUAUGGUGGUGUCUAGCUAUUGCCGUUGUGACGAGCAUUGCAAUGAAUCCGAAUUUUAGGAUGAAAAUUAUAUAGAAACGC